AUGGUCAUCAUCAAUGACCACCGGCUGGCCUCUGAGAUACUAGACAAGCACUCAGCGAUAAACUCGUCUCGACCCCGGCGGGUGUUUGCGAACGAACUAGCUGGCUUUGGGAAAGAGAUCAGCACUCUGGAUAAUACCAGCCUACUUCAAGCCUAUCAUAGAGCGAUGGCACGCACUUUAGGUUCGCGCGAUGCAGUCUCCAAGUUCGAUGGCAUAUUAGAAGUGGAAUCACGACGAUUUCUUUGGCGUCUACUUCAUAGUCCACAAGACUUCGUAAAUCACACCCAGAAGUUUGCUAGGGCAUUCAUCUUGAAGAGCACAUAUGACUACACUAUCGACCCGCAUGAGGAUGAUCUUUUCGUCGACUUAGCCGAUCGAGCUUUGCAGAACUUCUCCAAGGCCACUGCCCCUGGCGCCUGGUUGGUUGAUUUGAUACCAGCAUUGAAACCCGUACCAAAAUGGGUCCCAGGAACCGGGUUCAAAAAGACAGCUCGUCACUACGCUGGAAGCAUGCGCCAGUUUGCCCAUGGCGGUUACUCAUUCUUCCUGACACUAGUGCUCCAAUAUCGCUACCAGCAUUCCUUCGCCUCCCAAUUGCUCGCGGAACCCGAGGAUAGAGAAAUUUUAGAAUGGGCAUCAGCCGGAUUAUAUUUGGCCGGUGUAGAUCCUACUGUGUCUGCUUUGCAAGCUUUCCAUCUUGCCAUGAUUCUAAAUCCCGAGGUUCAACAAAAGGCACAAGCUGAAAUCGAUCGCGUGCUUGGUGAAAGGGUUUUGCCUUCCGUAGCUGACCGAAGUAACUUGCCAUAUAUCGAUGCUAUCGUUACUGAAAUCCUUCGCUGGCACACAGUUGCACCGCUUAGUAUCCCCCACAGAGCCGAGGAGGACCAUGUUAUCAAUGGAUAUUUGAUACCAAAGGAUGCAUUGCUGCUACCGAAUAUCUGGGCUUAUAACCACAAUCCAGAAAUCUACCCCGAGCCAUCCGAAUUCAAACCCGAAAGAUUCAUCCCCUCCGAAGGAAUCGAUGCCGCCCCCGACCCACGCAAUGUCGCAUUUGGAUUUGGGCAGCGUAGAUGUCCCGGACAUCUCCUUGCAGAUACAACACUUUUCAUCACCAUGGCCAGCAUACUCGCUGUAUUCGAUCUGAGCAAACCGCGCGGCGCGGAUGGGAAAUUCAUUGAACCACAGGUUGACUUUACGCCGGGUCUCAUUAGCCAUCCGCAGCCGUUUGAAUGCGUGUUUACCCCGCGGACUCCGGGUCAUAAGGAUUUGGUUCUGGAAUUUUUGCGGCAGAAUCCGUUUGAGCAGAGCGACAGAGAAAUCCUAGUUCAAGCUGACCUGCCAUGGUGUUGCACAUAUCAAGUUUAG